AUGUCAGUACCCUGGAUUCUUGUCAAGAGAGCCCUGCCGGGCAUUGUUGGACGCCAAACAAGCCAGCCUCAGUUCUUGACAGCAAGAGACAGCAUGGUUGCCAUUCCAACAGUCUACUAUGGCCUCGACAGCGGCCCAGAUGCUGGCACAGUUGUUGGCGCAACACUCGGCUCAGUCGCUGGUUUCAUCCUCCUCGUCUGGCUCAUCCAAACUCUCGCAAGCGGCCGCAACAAGCAACCCGACGAAGAAGUCAUCAUCCGUCACGAACGCUCGCCCAGAAGACGUCGCAGAUCCGAAAUGCGUUCUGUCAGCAGAGGACCGGAACGCAUCAUUCGUCAAGAAAGAAUUGUCAGAGAUUCGAGCCGUGCACCACCGCCCAUGAGAAGCAGCUUCGUCGUCGAGCCUGAGAGAAGAGUCGAGGGAGACGACAUUGUCGAAGUCAUUGAAGAGCAGUCGAGCGUCGCACCCAGAAGAAAGUCUAGUCGUAGAGGCAGUGGAACCUACCGGUCAGUAGACCCUCUGUUAUAUGGCGAUCGAGGCUAUGCACGCAGAGAUGCGUACUAG